AAAGAAAUCCUAACCGAAAAACCAUAAAACAGAGUCGAGCGCGAGCCGAUGCUCUUCCAUCUCUCUGCUGAUAAAAAAGCUGUGUGUGUAGAAUUGUCGCCUCCUUCCCCACCGAUUCAAAAUUCUCUCCGUUGAUGUUCGAUUGGAAGAAUCAGGAAAUGGAAUCGCCCGAUACAACACCGAAAUCCGGUUUUUCUUCCUACUUCAAUCGCUCGCUGACGCUCAAUUCAUCUUCAGACCUAGCCGCCACCACCACAAAGCCGCUCUACAACCUCUACCCCGCCCCCACUCUGCAGCGGGGCAGCUCGAUCAAGAGCCUCUACAGCUCCCCGUUCGGUUCGAUGGUCUCCGCCGGGAACUCACUCAAGGGCAAAGUCAGGAAAUUGUGCUCGAUUUUCGAAUCCCCCAAACAGGCCUCAACCCCUCCAAAACCGUCAAAAUUGCCGGAUUCCCCCAAAUCCGUCGCCGAUGAUUCCCCGUUCCGGCUCCCCGGCACGGAGGAGCGGGUGGUGAUCUACCACACCAGCCUCCGAGGCGUCCGCAAAACGUUCCAGGAUUGCCACAGCAUACGCAUGAUUUUCCGAGGGUUUCGCGUGAGCAUCGACGAGCGGGAUAUAUCGAUGGACGUGGCGUACAGGAAGGAAUUGCAGAGGGUUUUGGGGGAGAAGCACAUCAGCCUGCCGCAGGUGUUCAUCAAGGGCAAGUACGUCGGCGGCGCCGACGUGAUACGGCAGCUGCUGGAGGCGGGGGAGCUCGUCCGGCUGAUCAAGGGGCUGCCGCUGCGGCCGGCGAAUCCGUGCGAGGGCUGCGACGACAUGAGGUUCGCACCGUGCGGAAGGUGCAACGGUAGCCGGAAGGUGUUCGAUGAGGAGGAGGAGGAGCGGAAGAGGUGCACCGAGUGCAACGAGAAUGGCUUGGUCCGUUGCCCGCUCUGCUGCUGCUGAGCCACCAGCUAUUGUGUGAGAGGCAUGCAUUCAAGCUCAAUCUCCAAGAAUCCCCUCUCAACGUUCUGCAACCUAAUAGCGAUUUCCUGUUUCACCUUACCGUCUUCUAAGACGAUGGCCCCGUCUCUUACAAGGGUGUUCUCCUCCUUGCUUGCUUUCCAAUUCCCUAGCUGCAUUGGCUCAUUAAUGGACGAAUACUCUGUAGCUUUUGCAGCAGAGAGAAGUGGUUGAAUAUCAAUCUCCGCGCUUCCCAUGAAGUCGUCUGUUGAGAAGGGUUGAGGUUAUUCUUUAUGACUCGUGUCUUCAUAGACUGCAACCCGGAGAAGCCUUGUAGUUGUUAGAAGCAGAAUAAUCAAUUUAACUUCAGUUGAGGAUCAUGCAAGGAGAGGAGAAGAAUGGUUUACUUGAUUUCCAAGAUUGAGGAUGACAUAUGGGUCACUAGAAACCAUAUCUCGGACAGCAAGGUCAGUGCCUCUGACGAUGUUAACAUUAAUCAAUCCUACGAAUUCAACCAUGCCAGCCUAUCGAAAGUAAGAGAACAAGCUAUAACGAAAUGCAUUCCCCAGACCCUGCAUACGUGUGGUGGUUUGUUUCUUGUAGUGUUUCUUGUCGGCUCCUGAUUGAGAAGAACAACUCGAAGAACGGCUAUGGGUUGCUGGAGUUGAUGAUGGAAAAGGGCAACACAUCGGCAAUUCACUGUUAACAAACUGUUGAAGCUCAUAUUUUCUCCUGAGCAUAAGAAACAUCUAGGUUCAGAAAAUGGAUGUAAACACAGUUUGGAGAAGAAAAAAUAUCUCAAACAAGGUGCUGUACUACCUUAUGAAAUCAGUGCGUUCCUCUGCAGAUGCAUCUGGUUUUGGUUUGCUGUAA